UGUAGUUUGACUUUGACACUUCUAAAGUUUUGUGACAUCGAAAGUAAUAUUUUUCUAUUGCGAGUGAUUUUCUAAAUAUAACUAAUAAGAUUUGUUUUCAUACACAAUAGACUAAUAAGAAACGUUAUUAUACUAAUGAGCAGUGUAGAACACUUUUAAGUUGGCGUUGUGUGCAAGCGCAGUACUUCGGAGUGAAUCGCGGAACCAGUUGCACUUCGUGAAGUUUCCAUGGUUUUGUGCAAGGAAUGGCUGAUUUUCGCGCCGAGGCUAGCACAUCAAAGCGUAGCCAGUAGCGCGCGCUGCGGCGGCCGGCAGCCGACCGCCUCAUGACGCGGUUCCGCCACGCCAGUACGCACCCGAGCGCGGCACAAGUGUACGAGAUGACGGCGGAAGGAGGCGGUGGCGGCGGCGGCAGCAACGCGGGCGGCAUGUGCGACUCUUCCGGCGCGCUGGUGGCCGCGCACCCGCCGCACGCGCCGCACCAGCCCCAUGCACCGCUGCACCAGCAUCACCAACACCACGACCCACGCAAGAGAAAGGCCCCACACUACAGCGGUUCGGAGGCGGGGUUCGAGAUGCCGGGGUGCGAGGCACCGCUGCCCGCCCCGCUGCCAGCGCCGCUGUCCGCGCCGCCGCUCGCCGCGCCCGCCGCCGCCGUCACACCCACGCCUGCCAGCGCCACGCGCAAGCGAAAGUCAUCAUCAUACGGCACGGCGAGCGCGUACGACGACGACGGCGGCGACGACUCGCGCUCCUCGCGCACGCUGCCCGACAAGAAACAGAACCACAGCGAGAUCGAGAAGCGGCGGCGCGACAAGAUGAACACGUACAUCUCGGAGCUGAGCGCGAUGGUGCCGAUGUGCGGCGCGAUGGCGCGCAAGCUGGACAAGCUGACGGUGCUGCGCAUGGCGGUGCAGCACCUGCGCUCGGUGCGCGGCGCGCUGUCCGCGUGCCCGCUCUCCGCGCGCCCGCGCCCCGCCUUCCUCUCCGAGCGCGAGCUCAACGCGCUCGUGCUGCACGCCGCGCACGACUGCUUCCUGCUGGUGGUCGGCUGCGACCGCGGACGGCUGCUCUACGUCUCCGCCUCCGUCAAGAAGAUGCUACAUUACGAACAAUCGGAGCUGCUGGGGCAGAGCCUGUUCGACAUCCUGCACCCGAAGGACGUGGCCAAGGUGAAGGAGCAGCUGUCCUCGUCGGAUCUCAGCCCGCGAGAGCGCCUCAUUGACGCCAAGACGAUGUUGCCGGUGAAGUCGGACGUGGUGGCGGGCGCGUCGCGGCUGUGCCCCGGCGCGCGCCGCUCCUUCUUCUGCCGCAUCAAGUGCAAGGCGCCGCCCGAGCCGCACGCGCAGACAGCCAUGCCGGUUAAGGAGGAGACCGAGAACAACUCCAAGAUGCGCAAGAAGCAGUCCGAGAAGAAGUACUGUGUGGUGCAGUGUACAGGGUACUUGAAGUCGUGGGCGCCGGCGGAGAUGUCGGAGGGCGCGGCGAGCGCGGCGGAGGGCGGCGAGGAGGGCGACGCGUGCAACCUGUCGUGCCUGGUGGCGGUGGGGCGUGCGCUGGCGGACCUGGGCCCCACCCCCGCUGCGCCCGCCGCGCGACGGCUGCAGUAUGUCUCGCGACACACCACCGACGGGAAGUUUCUCUUUGUUGAUCAAAGGGUGACGCUGGCGCUGGGGUUCCUGCCGCAGGAGCUGCUGGGCACGAGCCUGUACGAGUACGUGGCGGGGCCGGAGCUGGGCGCGGUGGCGCGCACGCACAAGGCCGCGCUGCUGCAGCGGGACGCGCUGCACACGCCGCCCUACUCCUUCCGCCGCAAGGACGGCUCGCUCGCGCGCAUACACACGCACUUCAAACCUCUCAAGAACCCAUGGACGAAGGACGUGGAAUGCCUGGUCGCGAACAACACCGUGCUGUCGGAGUCCCACGCGCCUGCGCACACCGACGACAACGCAGAUGCCACAUUUGAUAUGUUCAAACAAACGCAGCGCAGCGGCGGCGAGGAGGACGCGCCUCCUGGUCACGUAGCUAGUGCGCUUUCAGAAGCCGACAUAGAAAUGCAGCGACUAAUCGACUCACAAGUGGAGUCGCACAAGAUCGGCAGUGCCAUCGCUGAGGAGGCCUUGCGCCGCUCCUCUUCAGAGUUCUCGCCGGACCUGCCCGCCGACCUGCUGCAGGAUGCCGUUUUUACACAACAGGCGUCGCUGGUGGACAACUUGCUGGGCGUGGAGCUGGGCGGGUACGCGCCGGUGCGCAACAACGUGCCGCUGAGCGCGGCGGGCGCGGCCGGCUCGCCGCCGCCGGCGGGCGCUGCGGCCGCGCCGGGCACGCCGCCGCCCGCCUCCCCGCCGCUGCCGCCGCUCGGGCUCGACGGCAACGGCGAGGCGGCCAUGGCCGUCAUCAUGAGCCUGCUCGAGGCGGACGCCGGCCUCGGCGGGCCCGUCAACUUCUCCGGCCUGCCGUGGCCGCUGCCUUAGACGCAGCGCAUCACCACCGCCGCGCGCCCGCACAAUACUGGACAACUGGGUCCAAACUAACUCUAUAUGCCCUUCUAUAGAUGUGUUAAGCUACGGCUAAGCCAAUUAACCGAUUUCUAUAAAAGGCAAAAAUAAUAAAAACAAAUUUGAAUCACGAAAAAGUAUAUAACGGGACUUUCCACAAGCGAAACCGCAAGCAUCAUUAGCAUUAAUACAAUACUAUUUAUUGAACAACGCAACGGAAAGUAAUAUUACGUUACAUAUGUAACAUGAGUUGCACCUUGUUGCCUGAUACAUGAUAUUGUUUAUAAUAUUUAUACAGGCACGAACCCGCCGUCUUCCAUGUACAAGCGAUACAGGCCACGGCAUACGAUAAUAUAGUUAAUGUUGGUUUAGUCGAUGCUGUUUUAAUAUGCGCAUUGAGGCAUGUGUAUAGCAUGGCAAAGAACAUAGUGGAAACUAAUAUGUCGGCGUCGAAUUCUAAUGUUGGGAUGUACAAACAAGUUGCGGUCGAGAAUUUAAUCUGCCACUUAUGAACAGAAAGGUUCGUGUCCGACCAACAGUGCCAACGUGUCAUCCACAUUAUAUAUUUGUUAAAGUUUCAAAACUCUUUUCCAAUGUAGACUAGUGACUGUAAGAUGUAUUUAUUAAAUCAUUUAAAACAGCAUCAUCUAAACACCAAUAAACUGCGCACGCGCACAUGAUGUGCAGGUUUUGAUAUUAUAUAUAGUUAAAUAUUUCAUUGGAAAUUAUUUGUUAGUUGUGAAAAACGUCAACAGGCGGACAGCCGAACGCGAGCUUAUGUAGUGUAUACAAACAUACCAAGUGCAAUCAAAUCAUAGGUAGUUUUAAUUAUAUGUUUAAUGUUAUAGAUAUACAUUGAUAAUAAUUUAAUUAUACAACAAUAUAGAGGAUUUGGUGGUCUGGACGUCGGGUGGAACGUCGCGAAUUGUUAUUAAUUUAAGUGGAUGUUAGUAAGAUCCGCGAUACUGCGGCCGUGUUGUAACGUCACCCUUGUCCUGGGGAAUCAAGGCUACGUAAGAUGCGUCCUAACAAUGCUACAAACAACCCGACGCGACUACUACUCUACUGUUCUAUAUUUAAUAGUCUACAUUGUGUAGAUCUAUAGUUGAUGUUAUAUUUUGGCGCAAAUCCGACUCGGCAUUAAUAUUAACGUUACUUCUAAAGUAUAGUAAUAUAUAGAAAUAUUUACAAUGGGACCUGGAGAUGCGAGCAUUUCCAAAUACAAAUGUGAUUAAACUUUAAUCAGGGAUUGUAACUGUAAGAGUUGCAUUGUUUUUUGUAAUUAACAAUUUUGAUAUAUUGCUCAACAAAAGGCAAUUUUCUACGUGUUAUUAUGAAUGUGAGUGAAUGUGGUUAGUGGUCCAGGUUCCACGCUAUACCGUACAUAGGUAGUACCCGCCGAGCGGCCGCAGUCGCCGGGCGCGAGCGACGCGUGCGCGUCACGCGUGCGUCGCGCCGAUUGUUACCAGGCAGCUCGAGGUGUGGCCGACUCGCAAGACUCGUUACUCGCGCUGUUGCUAUAACGUUCCAGCAUACACAAAAUGAAUACAAAUACAAUGAAUUCACUGCCGCUUUGGGCCAGGACAGUAAAUACUGAUAGUGGAUACUAUACUGCUGGAAAACCCAAUAAAUAAAUAUUAAUAGUGGUGACGCUCGACGCAGAAUAGCAACAGCGCGACUGACUAAUCAGAUGUAAAAAAUAUAUGUUGUUUUAUUUUUAGUUUAUACUUAUUAAAUAAUAAAAUGUUUCGGAUAUCGGUGUUUUA